AUGCAACGCCGAUGCUUGAAAGCUUCCAUUCAGCUGCUAAAACAAUCAACGACAUGCAAACGGUGCAGCAUACCAAGGAGGAUACAUCGAGGCUAUAGUACCCAGCCACCAAAGCAAGAAGCGCCCAGGGAAACUAGUGACUUUAACAGACUAGCAUGGAACUCGGUCGCAGCAUUCGCCACAUCCUCCGCCCUCCUCUUCGCCUACUUCCAGUACGAGCAAUUCGCACAAUCCGCCAAACGUGACGAAUCGAAAAACGUAUCUGUUGGUAAACCACUCAUUGGCGGUCCAUUCGCACUGACGGACCAUUUCGGGAAGGCGGUCACAAGCGAGGACUACAAAGGGAAAUUCGUGCUGCUGUAUUUUGGAUAUACGUUUUGUCCUGAUGUGUGUCCUGAAGAGCUGGAAAAGAUGGCCAAAGUGGUGGAUGCGUUGGAUGGGGAUGUGAGCGUUGGUAGAGAUAAGGUUACGCCGUUGUUUGUGUCGUGUGAUCCGAGGAGGGAUACGCCUGGGAUUAUUAAAGAGUACUUGGCUGAAUACCAUCCGAAAUUCAUUGGAUUGACGGGCACAUACGAUCAAAUCAAGCAAUGUGCUAAAGCAUAUCGAUUCUAUUUCAGUGCACCUCCCAAUGCUGCUGAUGGUAAAUCUGUCGAUUAUCUAGUAGACCAUUCCAUCUUUUUCUAUCUACUUGACCCCGAGGGCAAGUAUGUAGCGCAUUUUGGGAGAUCGGAUGCGGCUGAUACUGUCGCUGAACGUGUAAAGGAUAUAAUCUUAAAGUAUCGAUCUGAUCUUGUAAAAUAA